UGGGACGCUGACGGCGGUGGGCGGGCGCAGCUAAGAAAAUUAUAAGGUCAUUUGAAUUACGCUUGCUAGCGAGCUUAUCGGCUACAAUGAACCCAGAAAUGAUAUCAAUGAUUGUGACAAUGAACGGAUGAUGAUCGCGGGGUCAAAGUCGACGCCCACAGCCAGGCGCAUUUGACGCCCGACCCACCGGAGGAGAGGAGCAGCAGCUCGUUGUGGUAUUAACAACAGGAGGAGGGGGGGGAUCCCGGUGCGUGUGUCCGUCUCUCGGUGCGUUUCUGUGAGCCUCUGUCAAGCCAAGCCGAACGGCGGUGAGGAGAGGAGAGGAGCGGAGGGGGCGACCAGGCUAGCCGAUAAGCCGAUCAAGGCGGGAUCGCACACAACGAGUUUUCACGUCUGGGAUUUUCUGCGCACCUACAUGCUGUGACGGUGUGAACGAGGUGCAAGGAUGAUGCGUCUAGCGUGUUGCGCGGCCCUGCUGUUUGUGUUGAGGCUGCUGGUGGGCUUGCCUUGGUACCAGGUGAUCCCGGCCAUCCUGAUCUUCUACCUGGGCAGUGGAGGAUGGCACUUUCUGAAGAUAUUUGUCAAAACAGUUGGCAGAGACCUACAUGCGGCAGGUGUGUUACUGCAGGUGAAGAUGAAUGUCAAACGCCACCUCAGAGAAAAGAACACUAUUCCCAAGAUCUUUGCUGAAACAGUGCGCCGACACGGGGACAAAACAGCACUGAUCUUCGAGGGGACUGGGGAGAGGUGGACCUUCCGACAGCUGGAUGAGUACUCCAACAGAGUGGCUAACCUCCUGCUGGAACGGGGUUUCAAGGACGGGGAUGUGGUGGCCCUUUUCAUGGAGAACAGGUCCCAGUAUGUGGGCCUCUGGCUGGGCAUGGCUAAGAUCGGAGUAGAGGCUGCUCUAAUCAACUUCAAUUUGAGACUAGAGGCCUUGGUCCACUGUGUCAACAUCUCCAAUGCCAAGGCUGUGGUGUUUGGCUCGGAGCUGAAUGACGCGAUGUGUGAGGUCCACAAUUCAAUGGGGAAGGCAGUGCAGAUGUUUUGCUGUGGAGACUGGGAUGCCAAACGAGUCCCGCAGGGAACCGAAUGCCUAGAGCCCCUGCUGGAUGCUGCCCCAUCUCAUCUGCCAAGCCGGCCACAACGCUGCUUCACAGAUCGCCUGUUCUACAUCUACACGUCAGGAACCACUGGGAUGCCUAAAGCUGCUAUUGUUGUGCACAGCAGGUACUACCGCAUGGCAGCCUUGGUAUAUUAUGGCUUUAGGAUGACAUCAGAUGACGUGUUGUAUGAUUGCCUUCCACUCUACCACUCUGCAGGUAACAUUGUGGGAGUGGGCCAGUGUAUAAUACACGGCAUGACUGUAGUCAUCAGAAAGAAGUUCUCUGCCUCACGUUUCUGGGACGACUGUGUCAAAUACAACUGCACUAUUGUGCAGUACAUUGGGGAGAUCUGUCGAUACCUGUUGAACCAGCCGGUUCGGGACAUGGAGCAACAACAUCGGGUGCGUAUGGCACUGGGCAACGGCCUGCGCCAGUCCAUAUGGGAGGAGUUCAUGAACCGCUUCAAUAUACCACAGAUUGCGGAGUUCUACGGAGCCACGGAGUGCAACUGCAGCCUGGGAAACUUCGGCAACAAGGUGGGAGCGUGUGGCUUCAACAGUCAGAUCCUACCCUUCAUCUACCCCAUCAGACUGGUGAGGGUUGACGAAGAGACCAUGGAGCUCAUUAGGGGACCUGAUGGCGUCUGUAUUCCCUGUAAACCUGGCGAGCCUGGCCAGCUUGUCGGCAGGAUCAUACAGAAUGACCCUCUUCGGAGGUUUGAUGGUUAUGUCAACCAGUCAGCAACCAGCAAGAAGAUUGCUAGUAGUGUCUUCAAGAAGGGAGACAGUGCCUAUCUCUCUGGUGAUGUGUUGAUCAUGGAUGAGUACGGACACAUGUACUUCAAGGACCGCACAGGAGACACUUUCCGCUGGAAAGGAGAGAACGUCUCAACGACCGAGGUGGAGGGAACUCUCAGCAGGCUGCUAGACAUGAAAGAUGUUGUUGUCUAUGGAGUGGAAGUACCAGGAGCAGAGGGAAAGGCUGGAAUGGCAGCCAUCGCUGAUCCGUCUCACUCCACUGACCUGGAGAAAUUUGUGAAGGACAUGGAGAAGGCGCUCCCUCCGUACGCCAGACCGGUGUUCCUCCGCUUUCUUCCGGAGGUCAACAAGACAGGAACGUUUAAAUUUCAGAAGACAGACAUGCGUCGGGACGGCUUUGACCCCAGCGCAGUGCCAGACAGACUGUACUUCCUGGAUUCCAGCAGAGGGCGCUAUAUGCAGCUGGACGAGGAGGUCUACCGCUCCAUACUGUCAGGGAAACACAAAUUGUGAUGACCAGGCUGACCACUACAUGUACACAUAGACACACACACAUACAGAUACAGAAAAGAAGACAAAAUUAUGUGACCAGGAUAGCAGAAUGCAGGAACUUGUCCCCAUAUACAGAAGUACAUAUAAACUAAUAGCCAUACACACUCCAUGCACCCAGACUCAAAUGCCAACACAUUUACACAUACAUCCAUGUACACAUUAUAUUGCUCUUUAAAAUCCCUAAAAAACGGACUUAUGCACGCCCACCCCACCACUCCACCCCCUCCUACACACACACACACACACACACACACACACACACACACACACACACACACACAUACAUACAAAUAUACAUACACACAGAACCACUCCAUCUAUCCCUCCUGCAAUCUCCCCAGCAACUCCUCUCGCUACCUCAGCAAACACAGAGAGAGGCUCAAACCUAGUAACCAGGUCUAUUUGGUAACUUGAAAUAGAAUUGAAUUCAUGAAUUCAUAGCCAAACAAUCCCAUCCCACGCAGGUCUCAAACAAACCAUGCCUGUGUCCAUUCUGGUCCAUCAAACCAGAUGUGUUGCCGGGGGACACAACUGGGAGGGAUGCCGAGUACAGGCUGCCUGGCAUCCAGAAUGCAAAAACUUGAAAACUACAGAUAACCACAGACUUAACGGAUGUUGAGGAGGAGCAUGGAUUGAGUACAAAAAAAGUAUGUGGGACAACGGAGGGACCCAUGAGGACCUAAACUGUCUCUCGGUUUGUCGUUUCAUCAGCGGGAUUGUUUUGUGAGAGACUGGAGCCUCUACCGUCGACUUCACCUGCACAAUUAGCCAGAAGUGACAAACCUGUGUGACAGCUCCAGCUUUCCUCUAUCUGAAGUUAACUUAAUGAACGUAUUUCCUAAAUAAAUAAUACAUUUAUUUUUGAAAAAAGGAGAACAGUGUGAGGGAUUUUGGAAAGCCUAUGACAUGUAACCCACGAUUACAGAAGUUAAAUUAGACCAGUGGUUGAAGCUGAAAGAUUUACUGAAGUGCAAUAGGGCUCCAGCGUUUGCAGUGCAAUAAUCAGCCGCACCACAUGAGCGCUGAUAUAAAACAAAGCUUUGUAUUUAAAUAUGUCUGUGUCACACCAAAUAUAUUUAAGUUGUAGUGUUUGUUUACAUUUUUAAGAAAAUAUGGACGUUUAGUAAUUUAUUCUGUUUUGAAAGCUUUUUCUUUUUAUAGUUCAAAUGUAUCAGAUUGAUUUUGCUUUAUCUUUUAUCCAAAUCUUCAGUAAUGCUCUUAGAAUCCUCAAAAAUGAAGCUGCAUUAUGCAUUUUAUAUCAGCUGCUGGAACACAAAGUCAAGUGAUCUGACUGAUUCAACCCUGAGCUAAAUACAUGGGGCUAUUUCCACAAACGGGACACGUUCUGAUAUCUGAGCUGGCAUGCAGUAUGUUUCUGUGGCUGUAUUGUGCAGGUUUUGUCCUAAAAGGUAGACUUUGCCUAUAGUAGGGUGUGUGUAUAUUCUUCUAAAACAUAUGAAGAGGACUUUACUGAAGAGAGAGAAGCACCAAAUCGCCCUAUCAGCGAGGACUUGUGUUUUCAACAAAAUUCUGGUGCUAAAGCGGGAUGUUUAGCCAGAUUCAAGGGAGCCGAAAGAUCCAAAGAUUCACGGGGGGGAGUAGGGACGCUGUUUUACGAAGAGGGUGCAUCGAAACUGAACAGUAGAAGAAGAGAAAAUGUGCUUUGUCAUCGAUGUUUUGUCUGUUGUUUGCAGUAGCUGUCAUCAGAGGUUGUAGCAGCAUGAAUGAGCAUCAUCAACCACAAGCAGAGCACUGUGCCUUACUGUGAGUUCACCUCCCAGAUUCACAGGCCCUGGCCCACACAUAGUAUUUCACAUGGUUCCCUUUGUUGGACUCUCUUAAUUCAGCCUACAUCUACCAUAAUCUCAAUUCUCUGUCUCCAAGUACCCUGUCGUAGUAGCCUGGCAAAGCUGGCCUAAAUCUUGGGGGCUCAUAUUUUAUUCUGAAAAUCACCUUCCAGAAGAAACCAUGGUAGCCCAGCGACUGGCACCUUCAUCCUGCCAGGUGCAGGAGGAGUUUGUGUUCAUGUCUCGAUGGGCAAGGGUAAAAUAUUUUGCAAGGCUGCUGUCAAUGCAUUUUGCAGGACUCUGUCUUCAUUACUUCCUGUCCUUUUGAGUCUCUUUGGUCUUUACUUAGUCCUAACUGUAACCUUAAUUUGUCUUCUAGCUGUCCUAUUCAUAUUGUUUGUUUUUUGGGUUGUCUUAUAGAUAUUCUUCUCCCUACAGUUUCCAUUUGUUCAGCACCUUUACACCAAGCCUUUAUCAUCUCUCUGCCAAGCACCCCAAUCCUUUCCAUUAAUCCGUGUCUAACCUCUUCCCUCUUCCUUCUCUCUCUCUGUGUCCAGCCGGCACCUCUGUUUGAUCCUCGCUGUCUCCCUCAGGUACCGAGCCUCCUUCUCUGCCAUAUCUGCGUCAUCUUGCUGUGCUCACGUUGAUUCAGACAAUGGUACAAGCAGUAGUUGAAUACAUUUCAAAUAUUUCCUGAUUGGAGUUUGUUAAGUGUUUGAGGGAUUUUUUUUUUUUUGGUCCACUUUUCUGGUGACAUAAAGCUACAACCACACACUCAAAACUGUUUUCAGAUAUCUUUUGCCCAUGUGUGUUGUGUGUAGUCUGCCACUACCCUGUGACUUUUUGUCUUACCUUUGCAACUGACCACAUCAUGAGUCACCUACAGUACAGCCAGGCUGGCCGUCACUAACUGCGGUUGUGUAACAGGUCACGUGAAGAUUGGCUGUAGUGUAGAUGACUUAUUAUUCCUCAUGCGUUAUAGGCUGCUUUGUUUCCUGCAGACUGAUUCUCAACACGUUUAAACAGCUUUCCUUAGUUCGUACUUUGCACUUACAGACUGAAUGACACAGUUGAUCUUGACGGCUACAGUCUGCUGACAGUGAUCGUCAAAGUCAUUCCCCUGUUUGGGUGGGAAAAAAACCCAUCAAAGGCGUUUGACAGAUUUUGAGAUUCAUUCCUGCUUCCUCUGUGGUCUUAGUUCAAAGAGUCUCUUACUCACUUGUAUGUAUUCUUUAAUGAUGAGUGUGAAAUGUUCUCAUGAAUGUCUGAAAUGAGUGACCGAUGAUGAUGAUGAUGAUGAUGAUGAUAUCGUGAAGUAAAGUGUGAUUUACGUAUCUUAGGGAACACAGUUUGGCUGUUAUGAUGCUUGUGACUGAGGGUUAUACCUGUCAACUCUGACUGAACAGCCCCACAGCAGAUCACUCUGAAUAAGAUGUUUCAAUUGUCACUUUUUUUUUUUUUUAAUGACUUUAAAUUAUUAUUUUUGAAGGAACUGUUAAUUAUACUUUGAUUGUUUCACUGCUAAAUGUGUUUGCUUUUGUUUUCUUUGCGUGAUAUCAGAGCUUUGGGAUUUUGGUAUAUAAAAUGGGAUUCAUGCAUGAGUGUAAGACAAUCGAAUGGCAGUUGUUUUUUUCUACCUUUUUUUUUUUUUUAAAAAAAAAGGGCACUAGGAAUCAACCAGGGAGCAACCUUUUCUGGAUUACGGUGGUUGUACACGUUGACCAGAAGCCAAUUUGCAAUUUCCCAGCUAAUAAAUAUUGUUUUGAAAAGCAGAUGGCUAACCAGAUAUGUCAGGUGUAAAGCCUAAAACAGCUGAUGGCCUGCAGGGAGCCACAUGUCUGUGGGACAGGGUGUGUUGAGCUUUUGAGGCACAUAUUUGACCAGAGGGGGGUGCUGUGUCCCACAUCAAGUUUCCAUGCCAUGUCAUUUUAUCAGGCAGUCUUUGGAUAACUAAUGAAAUAAUCUAAUGACAACUACCAUAGAUAGAAAUAUAUUGGUGAAAAUGAAACAGUAGAUCCGGUUUCAUCUGGCAAAUUUCCAUUCCUCAAAUCCUCGGCAUAUUAGUUGAUUGAUUAAAUUUAACUUUUUUUCACUAAACUGUCACCAGUCUUCCCAGUUCAUGCUGAGAUCACUCAAUAAUCAGUCUCUGAUUGUAAAGCACUGAAAAAAAAAGGAUUUCUGUGUCUCUGCUCUUGCUGUCCCUCAUGCCUCUGAUCAACAUUUCUCACUCUGCUUUUUGCACUUUUUGUUUUUUGUGUUUUUCCCCACCGUGGUCCUCAGGAACAUCAAGCAGUACUACAGAAGGAAACAAGUUUUUUCACGUCGGCUAAUGUGUGUUUUUUUUAUUUUAUUUUUUUCCCCCUCGUCUUAUUGCACAGGCGGCAGCUCUUGUGCAGAGUGUGUAGGGGAGGUCUGUGAGGUGUGCUGUGUGUGUGUGACACACACACUGAUGUCCUCUUGUUCACUGAAGGUUAGCUGUAUACAUCAUGCAUUUCCAGAAAAAUUAGAUAAAAGCAGAGCUGCAAAUGGAAAAUCAUUAUUAAUAAAAAAACUAUUUAAAUUCA